CAGCUCAACACACUCUCUCUCUUUCUCUCUCUCUCUCUCUACAUUUCUGAAUCUCAUUAGAGCUGUGAUUUAUUUUUCCUAUAUUUAGUUUUCAACCUAAACGCUAGCAGAUUUUGAAGAUAAAUACGAUCUAUUACUAAUAAUGGCAGACUGUUAGGCAAAGUUUUAGCUUUCUGUAUUUUUCCUUUUCAUUUUUCAAGAUUUGUGAGCCAGAAAAUUUGUGACAGAAGAAAGAGAGAGAGAGGGGGGCAAAUGGGGAAGCUUUUGUGGGUUUUAGUUGCUUUGGUUUCUGUUUUUGGGAAAUGGGUGGAUGGGUUUUUUGAAUUCAAUGAGACUGAGUUAUUUUACACUGGACAUGAAGCUUAUGGUUAUUUUAAUGAAUCUAAGCUCAUUAAUAAUGCUCUCAUGGUAGGACUUACUCUCAUUCAAGGAGCUGGUGCAAGAGGAGCAGUCUGUUUGGAUGGAACAUUGCCUGGCUACCAUUUGCAUAGAGGAUACGACUCUGGAGCUAAUAGUUGGCUCAUUCAAUUGGAGGGAGGAGGAUGGUGCAAUAACAUCAGAAAUUGUGUAUACCGCAAAACAACGCGACAUGGUUCAUCUAGAUACAUGGAAAAGCUGGUGCCAUUUACGGGAAUUCUAAGCAAUAAGCCUGAAGAAAAUCCUGAUUUUUUCAACUGGAACAGAGUAAAACUCCGUUACUGUGAUGGUGCCUCGUUUGCUGGGGAUAGUGAAAAUAGGGCUGCACAACUGCAAUUCAGAGGACAACGUAUAUGGUUGGCUGCGAUGGAAGAUUUAAUGUCAAAGGGAAUGCGUUAUGCCAACCAGGCACUUCUUUCGGGGUGCUCUGCAGGGGGUCUGGCUUCUAUUUUACACUGUGAUAAGUUUAGGAACUUGUUUCCAAGCACAAUUAGAGUGAAGUGCCUAAGUGAUGCUGGUUUAUUCCUUGACGCAAUUGAUGUAUCUGGUGGUCGCUCUCUAAGGAAUAUGUACGGUGGUGUGGUGGGCUUGCAGGGGGUGCGAAAUAACCUGCCACGCAUUUGCACUAACCAUCUCGAUCCAACUUCGUGCUUCUUCCCUCAGAAUGUAAUUGGCAGCGUAAAAACCCCAUUAUUCAUUCUCAAUGCGGCCUAUGAUUCAUGGCAGAUCCAGUCCAGCUUAGCCCCACCAACUGCAGAUCCCCAUGGCUACUGGAGUGAAUGCAGAAAGAACCAUGCAAAGUGUUCUGCAUCCCAAAUCCAAUUUCUACAAGGAUUCAGGAAUCAAAUGCUGCGUGCAAUAAGAGGCUUCUCAAUGUCUAGACAAAAUGGAUUGUUUAUAAAUUCAUGCUUUGCUCACUGCCAAUCAGAAAGGCAAGAUACAUGGUUCGCAGAUGAUUCUCCUGUUAUUGGAAAUAAGGCAAUUGCAAUUGCAGUUGGAGAUUGGUAUUUUGAUCGCUCCGGGGUUGAGGCUAUCGAUUGCCCAUACCCGUGUGACAAGACCUGCCACAAUCUGGUUUUUAAAUGAACCAAAUUAUUUUAGCCAUUGAUUUAGCUUAGAUACCUCCUUAUAUAUCUUCUCAUUUUUAUUGGAAAAGAAUUCUGAGAUUCAAUGCAAUUCUACAGAAGACAAUAAGAAUGAAGGUUGUCAAGAAAUGCAAAUUUAUCCCAAGCUUUUCCACAUUGUUAUAGCAUUUCUUGUGCAUUGAAGUUGCAA